AUGGGUUCUUCCGUGUCUUGCCUGUCCUCACAUACAAACGAGCUCAUCCUCGGGCUCCAGGCCACCUCGUGGAUGAACGCAAUUUGGCACACCCACGACUUCUGGUGGGUAUGGAACGGCUUCAGGACUCGGCAAGUUUAUCUGACGAUACGCCCUCGGCUUCACGCAUAUCAGGACGACAUUCAAGCUUUGACAUCAUGUCAAAGCUUGACGAAAGCAGCAGAAAAUCCACUUCGACUUUGGCCUAUUCAACAACCGCUCUCUCCGUUUGCCUACUUAUGGUUCUCCGUUUGCCUACUUAUGCCAAUGGAAAGUGACGAUGGCAUUGGCGCAAUCGCUCCUAACGCGGCAGAUAGUGACGGUGAGACCACGGAUGGCCACGACCACGAGCUCGAGUCACAAUUCAAGAUCCAAUCUAAAUGCAGUCCUCCUAAACAGCAUUCCCGUUUCCCUAGCCCAGACGCCGAGGAACUAGAAGCGUACACUGAAUACUUCAACACAGAAGUUGAGCCUGGUAAUCACCUCGUCCUCGACAACAUUCCUUUACCCUCUCCGGCGCCUGCUCCAACUCAGCCUGCCGAAGAGGCCAUUGAGUCAACAGGCCAAAUCGAGGUUUCACCAUCAAACCCUGCAGCUAGCAAUCCCCGUCUUCGUCCCAUUUACAAGCGACCACCGGUUAAGCGGCGUGCGCCCAGAGAGGAGGAUCUUACCGCUGAAGAACUCGCCCUUGACAACAGCUCCGACGACGAAGCCCAACAGACUACGACUCCAGCCAAAACUGCCCUCGUAGUUAACACUGGGUCUAAAUCCAAGCAAUCCACAAGAAUCCAAUCCGAAUUGGAAGCUCGCCAGAGCGACCUUAGUUGGGCAAAAGAGAAGUAUUUCUUGGAGCGCCAAGAACAGCGUGAAGCUGAAUCCAGGAGGAUUCAACAAGAGCUUACUAAGGAUCGCAAGGCAUUUUGUGAGAAGUUGGUCAUGGACGGAAAGACGCCUCAGGAGCUGGAAGCCUUCCUGCGUUUGGUAUAUCCUCCCGCCAAUGGCUGA